CUUUUGUUUCUCUUUACAGCCAGUAUACCUGCCCACGAGACUGAGACCAUUAUGUCCCUAUGUGGCUCUUCUCACAAGGAAUUUUCUCAGAUGUUACCUAUUCAAGACAUGGAUAUCAAAAACUCCCCAUCUAGCCUUAACUCUCCUGCCUCCUACAACUGCAGUCAAUCCAUCCUUCCCCUGGAGCACAGCCCCAUAUACAUACCUUCCUCCUAUGUAGAAAGCCACCAUGAAUACUCAGCCAUGACAUUCUACAGCCCAGCUGUGAUGAAUUACAGUAUUCCCAGCAGUGUCAAUAACUUGGAGGGCAGUCUGGGUCGACAGACCACAAGCCCAAACAUGUUGUGGCCAACUCCUGGACACCUCUCUCCUUUAGCCAUCCACUGCCAGUCUUCAGUUCUGUACGCAGAACCUCAAAAGAGUCCUUGGUGUGAAGCAAGAUCACUAGAACACACCUUACCUUUAAACAGAGAGACAUUGAAAAGGAAGGUUAGUGGGAGCAGUUGUGCCAGCCCUGUUACGAGUCCAAGUUCAAAGAGGGAUGCCCAUGUCUGUGCUGUCUGCAGUGACUACGCAUCAGGAUAUCACUAUGGAGUCUGGUCAUGUGAAGGAUGUAAGGCCUUUUUUAAAAGAAGCAUUCAAGGACAUAAUGAUUAUAUUUGUCCAGCUACAAAUCAGUGCACAAUAGAUAAGAAUCGGCGCAAAAGCUGCCAAGCCUGCCGACUUCGGAAGUGCUAUGAAGUCGGGAUGGUGAAGUGUGGCUCCCGGAGGGAAAGGUGUGGGUACCGCCUAGUGCGGAGGCAGAAGAGUUCCGAUGAGCAGCUGCACUGUCUGAACAAAGCCAAGAAGAAUGGACAGGUGAGCCGAGUGAAGGAGCUACUGUUGAGCGCCCUGAGCCCGGAACAGCUGGUGCUCACGCUCCUGGAGGCGGAGCCGCCCAAAGUGCUGGUGAGCCGCCCCAGCGCGCCCUUCACCGAGGCUUCCAUGAUGAUGUCCCUGACCAAGCUGGCCGACAAGGAACUGGUGCACAUGAUCGGCUGGGCCAAGAAAAUUCCGGGCUUUGUGGAGCUCAGCCUGUACGACCAAGUGCGGCUCUUGGAGAACUGCUGGAUGGAGGUGCUAAUGGUGGGGCUGAUGUGGCGCUCCAUCGACCACCCUGGCAAGCUCAUCUUUGCUCCAGACCUUGUCCUAGACAGGGAUGAAGGGAAAUGCGUGGAAGGAAUUCUGGAAAUCUUUGACAUGCUCCUGGCAACGACUUCAAGGUUCCGUGAGUUAAAACUCCAACACAAUGAGUAUCUCUGUGUCAAGGCCAUGAUCCUCCUGAACUCCAGUAUGUACCCUUUAGCUGCAGCAACUCAGGAGGCUGAGAGCAGCCGAAAGCUGACUCACUUGCUGAAUGCUGUGACCGAUGCUCUGGUCUGGGUGAUCGCCAAGAGCGGCAUCCCUUCCCAGCAGCAGUCCGUCCGCCUGGCUAACCUCCUGAUGCUCCUCUCUCACGUCAGGCACGCCAGCAACAAGGGCAUGGAACACCUGCUCAGCAUGAAAUGCAAAAACGUGGUGCCAGUGUAUGACCUGCUGCUGGAGAUGCUGAAUGCCCACACGCUUCAUGGAUGCAAGCCCUUGGUCAUGGGGUCUGAGUGCAGCCCAGUAGAGAAGAGUAAGAGCAAAGAGGGCUCUCAGAACCUGUCUCAGUGAAGCCCAGCCCUGAGGUGAACAGGCUGCAGAGGUAGCGGCUGAAGCGUGAGCUCUCGUGCGAUUGUAAGCCCCAUCGGGAUGGGCUUCGUCUUUCUGUGUGCUCCCUCCUCGGUCACGGUGGGUUCGGUCUGUACCAUCCUCUCCCGACCUCCCUACUUCCCAGGAGUUGGGUGGGAAAGCCAGUUUUCCUUGUUACCUGGGGCGCGUUGGGAUGCAUUUUGUCUUGCUGGGCCUCAUAGGAUAUCAGCAUGGUCCCUGUUUUACUUUCCAUCUUUUCCCCACCCCUUUGGGAAGAACAUCUUGGCGCUUUUGCAGUGCAUGGUGGGAAUCUGGCCUGGAAGGGUUGAGAGAUCGUGGCAUUUGUAGGAAGUAGACUAACCUUUAUUGUGUGAACUAAGCUGCCUUUCAGGAUAGACCUUUGUAAGCUCUCUCAGGACUACCUGAUUGUAGGGCUGAAAACCACCUGCCUCCCAGGCCUGGGAGGACUGAUGUCAGCGCUGCUCUGCUGAAGGACAGAGGGACUGUGACUAGGGAGCCAGUGCUCCAGCUAGGAUGGGAGCCAGGUUCUUCCCCAGACCUUGCUUCCCUCUUUAGUCCCUCCUGAUGUGCAUUCAGAGAGCCUGCUCCUUAUGUGUGCAUGUGUGCGUGUGUAUGUGAGAUCACAUUCAUGGAGGACUGUGGAGAUUUAAAUCUCUAUGCCCCUGGAGUUGCCCUUCCAUAGAAGGUGCUGUUUGCAGGAAUAGGGUUCUAUCCUGUGGGUAUUGGUGGCAGCCACAGCCACCCAGAGGCAGGGCUGCGUGUGUGCCAGGCAGCCUGUCCCAGGGAAGGGUGAACAACCAGUGUGUCAGGUUCAGGGUCAAACUGUGCCGACUUGAACAAGACCUGGUUUGUGAACUCAAAGGAGAGAAUAAUUGCUUAAUUAUAGCAAGAAGGAAUUCUUUACACCCUAGGGCUCUUUUAAAAUAUUUUCUUAUCAGAAUAUUUAUACAGUGGACUGGGUGAAAUAGAAAUAUCAGAGUAUUUAUAUGGUAGACUGGGCGAAAUGGAAACUUAGUAAAAUAUUAGUUUUUAUUCCAAGCACAACAUAAAUAGGACAUGAUGAUAAGGCACCUCAAAUUACAAUUUUAACUUACUUUUUAAUAAUGGAAAUUUUCAUACCAAUUUUCAGGAACAGAGUGAAUACAUAAAAUGAGUUACAUCUAUGUUUUGAAAAUGAGCAA